AUCACUAACGAAAGAAAGCAAACCGAGAAGAUUCGAGUACCUUUCUGAGACUUGGCUGUACAUGCUUCACACUCCACUUUCUCAACUCUCAUCACCGAUCCAAACAUUCAAUCCUCUCUCUCCGGCGCCGGUUGAUCAUCGAUGGCGGUGAGGCUGACGUCCUGGUUCGUCAGCCAGGGGAUUAGCAUUUCCGGCUCCAACUCCAACUCCAGGUUCUCUCAUUCAGCCUCGCGCUUCUCCUUCGCUUCCUCUCCGGCUUCUUCUUUUUCCUCCUGUAAGCUCCGCCACCGCAAUCUCAGCUGUACUUGUGUCCAGAAGAGGCCGAGAGUGAGGAAGAAAUCCUCGCUUGGACAGUCUUCUGCGGAUUUCCAGUCAAACGGAGAAGACGAGUCGGAAUCGGAGGCUGCUUCGGUCCCUGUUCUGAAUUCCGAAAGCGUAUCCGAUGAUGAUGUUCAGAUCAUCAGCUCAAAUGAUUCGAUUCCGACUGCUCUGACUACAUCUGCUCCUUCGGAUUUGGUUGCGAUGAUAAGGAAUGCUGAGAACAAUAUUCAUUUACUGAAUCAAGCGCGAGUUAGUGCUCUGCAAGACCUUGACAAGAUUUUAUCCGAGAAGGAGGGCUUACAGGGAGAAAUGAAUGAUUUGGAAAUGAAAUUGGCGGAGACUGACGCGCGGCUCAGGGUGGCUGCUCAAGAGAAGGUAAAGAUGGAGCUCUUGGGAGACCACUUGAACCAGAUGCGGAAUGAGCAGAAUUUCAACGGUGGUGGUGGUGGUGAUGUGGAGAGAAGCAACGGGGUUGAGGUUUUUGAGAGUGAAAGUGAUCUUUUUAAUCAAGAAGGUUCUUUGCCGUACAAAAGUAACAUCAAUACGCUUGUAGCCAAUCUUAGUUCGUUGAGAUUAGAAAAUGUGUCGCUCAGGAAUGAUAUACAGGAACUCAGGGAGGAGCUCAAUAGUGUGAAAAACACUGAUGAACGUGUGGUCAUGCUCGAAAAACAACGUUCGGCUUUGGACUCGUCCCUGAAAGAGUUGGAGUCCAAAUUGCUAGUUUCUCAAGAAGAUGUUUCCAAACUUUCCAAUCUGAAAGUUGAAUGCAAAGGUUUAUGGGAAAAGGUGGAAAAUUUGCAAGUACUUCUAGAUAAGUCGACCAAGCAGGCAGAUCAAGCUAUUAUAGUGUUACAGCAAAAUCAGGAGAUUCAAGAAAAGGUUAACAAAUUAGAAGAAUCUCUUGAACAAGCUAAUGUGUACAAGGAGUCAUCAGAAAAGAUGCAACAUUAUAAUGAGCUUAUGCAACAGAAGAUUAAAUUAAUGGAGGAUCGCCUUCAACGUUCGGACGAAGAGAUACAUGCUUAUGUUAAGUUAUAUCAAGAAUCUGUGGAGGAAUUUCAAGAUACCUUAAAUACUCUAAAAGAAGAAAGCAAGAAAAGGGCGAUGGAUGAACCUGUUGAUGAUAUGCCAUGGGAAUUUUGGAGCCGUUUAUUGCUUGUAAUUGAUGGUUGGUUGUUGGAAAGGAAAAUAUUGGUUGAUGAUGCAAUGGCUUUGAGAGAUAUGGUAUGGAAGAGAGAUCGACGGAUUCAUGACUCAUACAUGGCAUGCAAAGAAAAGAAUGUAAAUGAGGCGGUCACUACAUUUCUUAGACUAAUAUCAUCACAAACAAGUUCAGGAUUGCAUGUUGUUCACAUCGCAGCAGAGAUGGCGCCAAUUGCUAAGUGGUCUUUUAUUUUGCAGGUCGGUGGUUUGGGUGAUGUUGUAGCUGGUCUUAGUAAAGCACUGCAGAAGAAGGGACACCUUGUGGAAAUUAUUCUUCCCAAAUAUGAUUGCAUGGAGUAUGAUCGUGUUCGAGACCUAAGGGCUCUGGAUGUGGCAGUAGAGUCGUAUUUUGAUGGUCGACUAUAUAAGAACAAAAUAUGGGUUGGCACUGUUGAAGGUCUUCCCGUAUAUUUUAUUGAGCCUCUUCAUCCCGAUAAGCUCUUUUGGAGAGGACAGUUUUACGGAGAACGUGAUGAUUUCAAACGUUUUUCCUUUUUCAGUCGUGCAGCCCUUGAGUUGCUUUUCCAAGCUGGCAAAAAACCUGACAUAAUUCAUUGUCAUGAUUGGCAGACAGCUUUCGUGGCUCCACUUUAUUGGGACUUAUAUGCCCCAAAGGGAUUAAACUCAGCUCGGAUAUGUUUCACCUGCCACAAUUUUGAAUACCAAGGCACUGCACCUGCUUCAGACUUGGCGUCUUGUGGUCUUGACGUUGCUCAGCUAAACAGACCUGAUAGAAUGCAGGACAACUCCGCACAUGAUAGAAUCAAUCCUGUUAAGGGUGCAGUAGUAUUCUCUAAUAUUGUGACAACGGUUUCACCUACUUAUGCACAAGAGGUGCGGACUGCUGAGGGUGGACGUGGUCUCCAUUCAACACUUAACUUUCAUGCUAAAAAGUUCAUUGGAAUUCUCAAUGGAAUUGAUGCUGAUGCAUGGAAUCCUGCCACCGACGGAUAUCUCAAAGUACAGUACAGUGCUAAUGAUCUGGAGGGGAAGGCAGAAAAUAAAGAAGCUCUUAGAAAGAGUCUAGGGCUUUCUUCUGCUGAUGUUAGGAGACCAUUGGUGGGAUGCAUAACGAGGUUGGUGCCACAGAAAGGUGUGCAUCUCAUCAGACAUGCGAUUUAUAGAACAUUGGAACUAGGAGGGCAAUUUGUUCUUCUGGGUUCAAGCCCCGUACAUCAUAUUCAGAAGGAAUUUGAGGCUAUUGCAAACCAUUUUGAGAAUCAUGAUCAUAUUAGAUUGAUAUUGAAGUAUGAUGAAACUAUCUCCCAUUCCAUUUUUGCUGCUUCUGACAUGUUCAUCGUUCCAUCAAUCUUUGAGCCUUGUGGACUUACACAGAUGAUAGCAAUGAGAUAUGGUUCUAUACCCAUGGCAAGAAAAACCGGUGGUCUGAAUGAUAGUGUCUUUGAUGUUGAUGAUGACACCAUACCUCUUCAGUUUCGAAAUGGAUAUUCAUUCUUGUCCCCUGAUGAACAGGAACUAAAUGGUGCUCUGGAACGUGCAUUUAGACACUACCUAAGUAAUCCUGAGAGUUGGCGGCAGCUAGUUCAGAAGGAUAUGAACAUAGAUUUCAGUUGGGAUACUUCUGCUGCACAAUAUGAAGAACUCUACUCCAAGUUGGUGGCCAGAGCAAGGUCGAAAGUUUGCCCUUGAUCUCUAGAUGCUGCUAAACCAGACAUCUCCACGUUUCAUCCCCUGGGAUAUACUCUGCUUCGGACUCUGAUAAGUUGGAGCUUGAACUGCUAUUUUAUUUAAGAAAUCUUAGGAGCAGGCACAACAACAGCUUCAAAUAUUUGUACGAGUUUGACUCUGGAAGCGACGGGUGGUUUUAAGAUGCUCUGUUCUGUCAUCCAAAUGCUCAUUCUUUAACAUUACGAUCACUAUUUAUAUGUUCAGGCAACCUCUUUCUUUUAUGUAUACUACUUACCAGGUUCUUAUCUUUGUAUGCCUUACAUAGGCCGAUGUGCCUUUUCUUUACGGCUUUCACAUCCCUGCCAAGCUUGGAUGUAACACUAUCUUGACGCAAGAUAUAGAUGAGAUAUGUAAAUAAAUAAAGAGAAAAUUCUCACCAUUUUUCGGCACACCAAUGUCAUUUGAUUACUUGAA